AUGCAGCAUCAGAUGGAGAUUGAGAACUCUGAGCUCUUCCAAAUCCUCUCAAACACCAACCAUUCUUUCUUUCCUGAACCUGCAUCAUCAACCAUGCAACAAAGCUUCUCUGGUUCCUUUUCUUGUUACCCUUUUGAAGCAUUUGAUGCACCACCUCAUGAAGACAAAGCUCUUGCUGCUUUGAGGAACCACAAAGAGGCUGAGAAGAGAAGAAGGGAAAGAAUCAACUCCCACCUCAACAAGCUUCGCACUCUUCUUCCUUGUAAUUCCAAGACAGACAAGGCUUCACUCUUGGCGAAGGUGGUCCAAAGGGUGAAGGAGUUGAAGCAGCAGAUAUCUGAAACAACCGAAUCCGAAACGUUUCCUUCGGAGACCGACGAGAUCUCUGUUCUCUCCACCACCGGUGACGACGGUGGUGGUGACGGUGACGGACGACUCACAUUGAAGGCGUCGUUGUGCUGUGAAGACCGCUCCGACCUCAUCCCUGACCUCGUGGAAAUCCUCAAGUCUCUGCACCUCCGAACGCUCAAAGCCGAAAUGGCCACGCUCGGAGGAAGAACCCGCAACGUUCUGGUGGUGACCACCGACAAAGAGCAUGGCGUUGAAUCAAUCAAGUUCCUGCACAACUCGUUGAAGUCUCUGCUGGAACAAUCCAAUUCCAACGCCAUUUCGAAACGACGCCGUGUGUUAGGCCCUAACUCCAUCGCUUAA